AUGAGUACUACUACCAAUGAGCAGAUAUCAAAUGAAGAAUAUUCAUCUUCACGCGAUGAACAACAAUCACAACGGUAUCCAUCAGUAAAUUCUUCAUCGCGUCAUUCAACACCAAAUUCAUCUGGCGGAGAAAAACAAUUUCAUUUUGGAAGCAAUUAUAAUACUGAACGAGGAUCGGGACAAAAUUCUCGAACAAGUUCAGUUGCUGAAUCAAUGACAACUAAUACAGAAGGUUUUUCCAACUAUACAGAAAUUAUUCAACAUUUACAAACAGUUUGGAAUAAUCAUAACAAUGCAAAUGAAGGUGCUCGUCGUACAAAUAAUAAUACAGGAACAGCAUCAAAUAAUGAUGCUAACAAUAAUGAAACAGUUCCACCACAUUAUUCAAAAGAUCAUAUGCAGACAACAUCGUCGUCACAACAACAGCAACAACAACAUUAUGCUCAUCAUCAAUCUGGUCAACAACAUAAUAAUCAAUAUUCAGGACCACAAUAUCGUACAAAUUAUAAUAAUUCUCGUCGAUCUGGUGGUAAUGGAAAUUAUUCACGCGGUUAUGGUGGUGGAAAUAAUGACGGCUAUUGGAAUCAAAAACCAAAUAGAUUUGCAUCACAUCGUACAAUGAACAGUCUUAUGACAAAUUCAACUAAUUAUCAACAAAAUCAACAACAACCGCAGCAGCAGCAACAAUCCCAACCAUCACCACCUACACAACGACGACAAAAUGAUAUGCAACAACAACAACAACAACAACAAGCACCACCACCACAACAACAGCAGCAAUAUCAUCAUAAUGAACAGCAAUCUUCACAACCGUAUUAUAAAAAAAAUCGUCCUGAUCAUGAUCGUCGUCCAAAUGGUUAUAAUUCUCAACAGCAACAAUCAUCUGAUUAUUCAUUAAAUAGUCAUCAUCAAACAAGUAACAGUGUUCAAAAUCUCACAUCAUCAGAACAAUCGAAUAUAACUACUACACAAUCAUUUCCAAGCAAUUUAAAUUCAUAUAACAGAUAG